AUGGCGCUCACAGUGUUCAGUACCGAUCCGACCCUAAACUCCCUCCUCCGUUUGUCACACAUCCCAGACGAGUUCAGCGCUCUUUUCGACGCGCCGACGUCGAACUUCGUGAAAGACAGCAGCGCGAUGGCGUGUACAGCCGUGGACGUUAAAGAGACUCCCGAGGCUUUCAAAUUCAUCGCGGAUCUCCCGGGGCUGAAGAAAGACGAGGUGAAGGUCCAAAUCCAAGAUAAGAAUCUGCUCACCAUCAGCGGCGAGCGGAGUCGCGAAGUCACGGAAAAGACGGAGAAAUAUCACCGCGUGGAGCGGAGCACUGGCAAGUUCCUGAGGCGAUUCCGUCUUCCUGAUAACGUGGAGGUGGAUAAGAUCGCUGCGAGCUCGGAGAAUGGUGUGCUUACCGUGACUGUUCCGAAGGUCAAGCCACCUGAGCCGAAGAAGCCGGCUGUUGUAGAUGUUCCUAUCAACUAG